UUUGUCUUAUUUAAUUUGUAUUUUAAAACAUGAAAUGAAUGUGUCUUUUUAUGGUGCUUACAGCAUCUGUAUUUAGUUUGUGAUGGUUAUGCUAAUCAUGUAUGGUUAAAAGAGAUAAAUUUGUCUACGGAGGGAUGAACAAAAGACUGAAAAAUGGAUAAUAGAAAACGAAGACUGCUGCAAAUCCACAAGAAAGCCAUAGUUGAUGAUUUAGAUAUCAAUGACAUCAUAGAUGAAUUGUUUACUAAGAAAGUCAUUUCAAUAGAUGAAAUCGAACGUAUCACAAACUAUGCAGACCGUGCUGAAAGAACUAGAGGCCUUUUAGAAUACAUAGAGAAUAGCAACGACAGUACAUACCAGGCAUUCGUAGAUAGCCUGGAAAAAGAUCACAACUGGUUAUGGCAGAAAGUGACCUUAGAAGACAAAGAAGACAUAUCUACCGAUAGUUUCGAAGACAGCCUGAGUAGGGGAGAUGUGCCCAGGUUACCAAAGAAUUAUGUUAGGAGAUUACCAGUGGAAAGAGAGGUGGAAAUAAAACUAAGUAACCUUACAAGACACAAGGUUUUGGUGCUGGUAGGAAUGUUGGGCUCUGGGAAGACUUCCAUAGUCCUUAGUGUGCUCCGCAACAACCCUCAUCUUAUUACGGACAGCUUGAACGGUUAUGUAUUCUGGAUCAAUCUCAGUGACUGCAAAAAUGACUAUGACAUAAUCACACAACAAAAAAAAUUAUACCGAAAGAGUUCAUUGUGGGCAUCCAAUUCAUACAUGAACUCAUCAAUGUCCAUGUCGAGUAUAUGUUCCAACGGCGACAUCACAAUAUCAACAGGUUACGAAAACACCUGGGAGGAAAUGAGAGACAAACUGAAACACCAAUUUUCCAGUGAAUCAUUGAAGUCAUCUUUGUUAGUACUAGAUGAAGUACAUGAUAAGCUAUCGGUUGAAGCAUUUGAUAUUGGAUGUAAAAUACUAAUCACUACCAGGAACAAUGACAUUGCUAAUACAUUUGCCUCACAAAUCAUAAAGAUCAAAGACAGUUUAACAGAAAAUGAGAUUUUGGAAUUCUUUGCUAAUUGCCUAGACGUAACAGUCUCUUCCUUGCCGAGGCAGGCAAGAAAGUUGCAAGAAACAUUUAAAGAAAAGACACCUUUCCAUAUUGGCUUGAUUGGAGCUCAGAUGGCUGUUAAUAGAGAGAGCUUAGUAGAUAAUGGAUCUCCUUUGUGGAAAGAAUAUCUGAAAAAUUGGGGUAAAAAGGGUUUUUUUUCAUUUCCCAGUACUAACAACAAACCUGCAGAAAUGGUGAGAUUUUGUGUGAACUCCUUAGAACCCGAAAUCGUAUCACUUUUCAAAAUGCUGGCCAUAUUACCAGAAAAUGUCAAAGUAUCAGCUAAAGUGCUAAGCAAACUAUGGCACAAAACUAUCACGGAAACAGACUUGAUCUUAACCCAGCUUUACAACAAAUCCUUGAUAAACAGAUCUUAUAACACAUACCAAAAGGACUAUGUUUAUGAAACACACGAACUGAUUUUGAAUUUUCUUAAAACAUGUCUCACUAAAGAGGAAAGUGGAAAGUUACAUUGUGAUUUUCUUAAUAGUUACAAUUACAUUAAACCAAGUAAUACAACAGUGCAGAUAACUGACGAUGGCUAUAUAGCCAUGUUUAUUGGAUACCACCUAGCGAAUACUAACAAUUUAAACCAUAAAUGGGAACUUUUCAAUAGACUGUAUCUGGAUUUGAAAUUCCUGGGCAAUAAAGUGAGGCUCACUGGGGAAGCAGAUGUUAUGUUCGAUCUUCAGAAGUAUGAAGAGUAUAUCGCCAAAGACCAAUUGGACAAAGAUUUCCUCAUUGGAAUUGUGGCGUUUCUGAAAACAUAUGGCACAGACUUAUAUCGUUAUCCAUGUACAGACAUUGUACAAAAUAUCUUGCAGCAUGAAUCCAAGGGAAUACUUUUUACAAAGGCAUAUGAUAUCGCUCAAACCAAUUGCUCCAAGAACGAGCUUUACUUCGAGUUUUCUCAUGAACAAAAUGUGGAAGAAAUUAUGCACUCUACAAUUGAUGUUAAAGAUCAUAUUACAUCUGGUUGUUUUCUAGGAGAUUUUGUACUUAUUGGAACAAAAUCGGGAAUUAUUAAGAUGUUUCACUGUGAAACCAGUAAGUUAAAGACAGAAAUAAUAAAUGGUACAUCUGCUAUAAAGUGGGUUGGUGCAUGUCCUAUAAGUCCUACGAAGGUUGCUACUUUGUCCGCGGACGGCGCAAUAACACUGUACAACAAUCUAUAUACAGAUCAUGUGGAACAAGAAGACACCGAUACUGUAAUAGAAGAAGCAGAAUUUGAAGAGCAACCAUCAUCAAACUGUACCAAUAGUAAAACAACAGACCAUAGAAUGAGACCAUAUCUAAAUUGUAGAUGGGCCAAUAACGAGAAAACAUUGAUCGCACAUACGUCAAAGACAAUCGUUCUAUACCACAUUAAAGACGAAGUGUUGAAACCCAUAGACAAAUUGGACAGAAACAAUGAAAUAUCAUGUUGCACAUUAUGCAAUGACGAUAGACUUAUCAUAGCUGCUGAAUGCAACAACGACAAACAUAGUGUUGUGGUCAUAGACAGGAGAAAUCAAGAGAUGCUUAUGUCUUUCGGGGAAACUGACUCCAUUAUAGAUAUAUUGGUUGUUCCUGGAAUAGGAAGCAACAAGAUUAUCACUCUCAAAGAAAAAGAGCUGAUCCAACACACAUUCAAAAUAAACCAGACUUCCUACCUAAACAAGUCGAUUUGCAGCAGCGAAAAAAUUUUAAGUUGCGACGAUGUCAAAGAGAAUCUGAAGUUUUUGUCGAUGGCUGUGAAUAAGACUGGCACAUUAUUAUUUGUGUCUACUACUGAUCGUAGAGUUAUCUGUAUUGAUUUAAAAACAAACUCUCAUACAUUUGACAUUGAAAAUAGGCGCGGCAAUAUCAUAUUUAUGGCAGUUAGUGAGAUACCAGGCGGCGACGAUUAUGUGCCAGGCCUGGAUGUCUUACUAACCGGCACGGGUACUGAAGAAAAUUCAGCCAAAAUAUGGUUCUUGGAUGCUGGUUACGUAUCGCAGAAGAGACAGCAAGUUUGUAAAGUCCGGCUUACAAAGAAGUUCGCAGUAAGCUUCGUCAAUACAUUGUCACCGCAAACUCCUAAUCAGGAUAUAUUAGUGAAUGUCCCAAGUUCCCAAAGCCUAUCAACGACACCCAAACGUCACCAAUCAUUCGCUGAUCGUAUGGAACCCACCCGAAAACCAGCUCAUAAGACCCUGAGUUUAGAUAGAUAUUCUCUAAAGCCGCUCAACUUGAAGGGCCUGUGUAAUAAUAAUGAAAAUUUUAUCCAGCCUUUAUUAGCAGUGGUCGACGACAAAAAUAAUAUACAGGUUAUGCGUGGUAAAAAGGUCCUCACAGAAAUCGUAACUAAUGCAGAGGAUAGAAUCAGCGUCGUCCGUAUAUCACCCUGCAAUCAAUACAUCAUUUACGGCCUUUUAUCGGGCACCGUCAACAAAUAUGCACUCCGUAGUAAAGAAACUGAGGUGAUCAUGAACUUAACGGGAUCCAUACAGUACCUGAACUUCGUGAAUUCGUUCCUACUUGUUGUGUCAGAUGAAAAACGUUGUUUGAUGGCAUACCAUUCUUAUAACGGCAAAUGGAAAUCAGAGAUGUUGCAGCGCGGAAAGUGUCAUCUUGGGUCGCAGGAAAUGUUGAAUGACAUACAAGGAAUAAAAAAGAAAAAUGGGCAUACAGACAGUUUAUCAGACACUGGCAGUACUUCAGGUGAAAAUGGCCUGCUGCCAGACCUUAGUGCACUCGUCGACUGCUUCUGGGUCGCUGACGGGCUUAUUACCAUAGAAUGCAACGCUGUCAUUAAGUUAUGGAGCCCAGAUUUUAAGCUGGAUAGCGUGUUAAAUGGACGCAAUGUCGACGCACGAGCUAACUGCGCCGCAUGCCAAAAGAAUAUACUUGUGAUUUGUGAUGGUCACAAUAUGACUUUUUAUAUAUUCCAACUAAGGAAAGAUGAAAAUAACAAAUUAAGACUGAAUCUAAAACAACGAUAUAAUUUAGGAAGCCAGAUUGUCUCGUGCGAUCUAACUACGGAUGGUACCAAAUUAGCGUUAGGACUAGACGGUGGUGAUGUUGUCAUUUGGAAUGUAACCCAAAAACGCCAAAUAACAAUACUGAGGCAUCAUAAAAGUAAAGUGCAAUGGUGUUCAUUUUCACCUACACCUGAUAAUUUUUGCCGAACCCCAGCACAAUCGCCUUCGUUAUAUCCCCAUCCACCAUCAUUCAAUCCACACACAGAUGACAAUGAACCACCUUUGGUGUUGGCAACCAUGGCCACUGAGAUUGUAUGGUGGAAUAUUUCCUUUGUAUUGAAGAAUCCUAAAAAGACAUUUAUCAGUAACACAAAUAUUAUGUCGCCUCUUGUCAGCCCAAUAGACAACAGAAUUCAAUCACCGGUCAAUAACGACUCGAGUAGUCCAAAAAACAUAUUUUUUGGAAAUGGAUCAAUCGGAAGUCACGAUUGCUGGAAAUCUAUAUGGAAAAAUAAAACGUGCAAGGAAGGAUCCAAACGGGAAGAAAUACUUGCAUGCGUCAAGCUGACGGGUAUGAACGCUGAACAAUUAUGUCACAACGAACAAUAUUCCUGCUUCGUAACUGUCGAUAACUCUGGUCACGUUCACAUUAUGAAUGUGAUGAGGCCAAACACAUAGCACACUGCCAUAUGCAUUUAUGUACGCGUAUCAAUAUCCCUUCUAUACAUCCUAUGUGCAUAGUGUCUAGUUCAUACACUUGUCAUAUAUUAUAAAAUACACGCAACAGAUAAUACUCAUUUGAUACCUGUUAAAUUCUUUAUGUUUUUUAAGAGUAUAAUUACGCAUGUACAAUAAGUAAUUUAUAUGCAUAGAUAUAAAAUAGUGGCAGAUGUCUCAAACAGAACUAGCUUAUAGGUUUUUCAAAACAGGUUGUCGUAUUCUUGUGUUUUAUACAUACAUACACAGCGCUAUAUCACCCUCUGUAUGGAAUUGUGUUUGUGAAUUUGUAUGAACAUCAAAAACUGGCGCUAAAGGUCUGUAGAAAUAGCUUAUAUAUAUAUAUAUUAUUAUUAUUAUAAUUCAGCAUGGAUAUUGAAUCGCGUACAGUUACUAUUACAUAGUAAAACUGUUGUAAUCUUAAUUUACGUAAAUUGUAAAUAAUUAUUCAAAAUAUUCAACCAGUCAAUUUUCGACUACGUAACUGUAUAUUAAAAUUUUACAAUAUUACGAAUGUCUGAUAUAGGUUAAAUACAAUGUGUUCUACUGUAAGUAUUAAUUAUCAAACUAGGAUUCUAUUAAAAAUGAAAAAAAAAUCAUUUGUUAGUAGAUAUAUAGUAUAUUAUGUGACAUUACAAAUGAACAAAUGAAGGAUCAAUAAGUAUUGUUUUAUAAUUGUAUUUAUAAAUGAAUAUUACAGUGAGAAAACCUACUUGCCCUUUAAUCGUAAUUAUAUUCAUGAAGACAAAAUUUCUAGGGAGUAUAGAUCGAAAUUUAGAAAAAUUUGAACAUUAAUUGCAGAAUAGGAGAUUAAAUACUGCAUGGUCCAAGUGGAUAUGGAUUCUUUAAGGAGAGUUAUUCAGUACCAGCUGGGUUGUAGUUCGUUUAUACCCUUCCUGUGAAUAUAAAUUAUAAAGAUACCAUCUAGUACUAUGCAGUAGGUUACCAUUUUUUAUAUCAUAACAAUUGUACUCAUCUGUUGGGUACACAUAUUUGAUAUAAAACUGAGAUUAUAGAUUUACUUUCAUUAUAAAACAACGUAUUCAGAAUUUCUGUCCAAGUUUGUGCUUUUGACGGCAAUUUAAAUGAAAUUUUAAAAAUUUUGUGACAGAAUACUUAAACGCUUUAAUAUAGUUGCCAUAAAUUUUGGAAUAUUUUUAGCUUCUAAUGGAGUGUAUUAAUUUAUUAUAUAUUUUCCUAUUUGAUCUACAAAAUCACACAAUAAUAAAUCUCGUCUUAUUAUCUCGUAUUAAAAUUUUAGUUUUGGAAUAGACUAGUUUAAUGAACUCUAUAUGUAUUCAGCAUACAAGCAAACAUAUAUGCAACAUAUAGCAGCACAGGCAUACAAAUUGAGCAUGAUUUUGAUACUGCACUGUGUCUCUUUGUCUAUGGUAUUCCACAAAUUGUUUGCCGCGAACUGUCGUUUUACGCGUAUAUUUAAAUAUAUAUACCACUUUUUAUUAACGAAUUGUAGCUUUAUGGCAUUUAUCAUCCGAUUUUGCUCAUUUCAAUAUGUGAUUUAUAAGAAAUAAAGACAAUUAUUAUAUUAUCAUAAAUUAGGUAAGAUCCUUAAAAGGCGAAUUAUUAUACAAGCGUCGUUUAUUUUUAAAUUUAUAUUUAUUUGUAAUUUCAAAUUAAGAGAAGGAUAAUUUAGAAUUUUUGUAAUUAGAUCAAUUACAAAAUUAAGAUUUACAUUGCAUUAUGAAAAUCGUUCCGCUAACUGUAUAUGGAAGAGAAGAUUAUUGUUCUUUAGUUAGGAACAUCAUCUUUUGGAUAAAUUCCUAAAAUAGCAAUUUUAUGUUUCUUUAAUAAUUUAAUUUCGCAUUUCAUUAUCAAUAUCCAGGUUUGAGUAUAUAUAUGCUUAAUGUUAUGAUAUUUAAAAUUAAUAUUAUUAGCGUUAUGUAAACAAUUUUAUAAUUUAGCAUUGGUUGUUUUAAAAAAUAUGUCAUUUAUUCAGCUUUCAUUAACAAUUGUACUACGAAAACAAUCAAAACUUUUAUUUAAUAAUACUAUCAUGAAAUACAUGUUUCAUAUGCAGUGUAACAUAGGUUUCCUAUUGGAAAUAAAAACAUUAAAAGUUAUCCUAUCAACAAAUUCCUAUCUAAUGUUUCGUAUUAUUAGAACAUAUUUUUUUUACUUCUUUAUGUUAUGAUAAAAACGAGAAUACUUUUACUUUUUUAUGUGUUUAAAGCUUUUUUUAAAUUUGUCUAAAAAUGAUAAUUUUUUCUAUUACAAGAGAUAUAAACGAAUGAACCUAAAUGUAAUUAUAAAACGUUGUAUCCAAUUUUAUAGAUUUUUUAAUAUAAGAAAUGAUUUUAAAAAAUAUUGAAACAUUUAAAAUGCUAAGCUAAGAGAUAUUUCAAAACGAUAAUAAGCCAUAUUUU